AUGCAUUUCUGGAUCGACAAACGAAGCCAGUGCGCCUACAGCGGCCGCCACCGUGUACCAUCUUCACUAUCUGCUGGUGUGGGUCGUUCCCGUGGGAGAGUGUGUGCUGCUACGGGGAGAAAGGGCAUGGCGGCGCCGGUGCACCGGUUCGCGCCCGUGGAGUGUGCACCGCGCCGCCCUAGACCUCUCAGACACUAUGGGCCUCCUCCGAUGCCUGCUGUUCAUUCCUCGAGGCGUCACAAUGAGGACGCUAGUCUGUACGUGGAGAUACCCCCGGAGCCCCCUCAGCCAACCAUCGCCAGCCUGGCCGCCGCUCGCAGCGUCACCCCCGACACCCUCCUCCGGACCGCAGCCCUAGGGCUCCACCACUCGCCCAUGAUGGCUCCACACCUCAAAUUCGGAAUGCUGGUGUCUUUCGCUCUGGCAACAGUGUUCCUAGCCGGUGCUAAAUACUAUUUUGAUAGACAUCUGGUCCGCGGCUCUCCGUCCGAGGGUAGCGGCGAGGCGGGCGUGGUGUGCGCGGCGGUGGCGUGUGUGUGUGGUGUGGGCUGCGCGCUGUCUCUGUGUAGAGGGCGCUCCGCCCCGCCGCCUGCGCCCCCCGAGCGAGUGUCGUCCACGGCGCGCCGCCCUCUACCAAGGACACCUACACGAGCACCCCCGCAUAGAGAGGUGACCAUAUCCGAGCCUACCGAAGACAUCUCUCUAACCGUCAUAUCUCGCGCGGACAAUGAACUGCCGGGGCCGAGCUCCUCAGCCUCUGCUACAGGCGAGGCGCCGCCCCCGUACCACAUCGCCGUACUACUGCCGGCGCCUUCGCCCCCGCCGCCAGCGUACCACGCGCUCAGCUAG